CGAGGACGAGGUGACGCUGCGCGACCGCGAGGCCACCAAGAACAGGCUUCGGCAGCUGGGGGAGGUGGCCACCUACUUCGGCGAGAGCGACAGCGCGCGCACGGCGCGCCUGACGCGCCUGGAGCUCUCCGGCGACCAGGACGAGCUGGCCGGCGGGUCCACCAACGUCAUGCAGCUCAUCGACCGCCGCAGGGAGCGGCAGAUGCCAGAUGUCCUCGCCAGCAGCACGGCCCUGGCGGUCGCCCACGGCGCCGCGGGCGUGCAGCCGCGCUCCAUGCAGGCGCUCGCGGAGGCCGCGGGCGCGCCGCUGGACGGCGACGACCCGAUGGGCGCGGACAGCGGCGACGAGGCCGAGGAGGCGGCCGACGGCGCCACGCGCGAGGUGGUGCUGUGGCUGCGCAGCACGCUGCGCGACUGGGAGGCCUCCCUGCGCACGCGCGGCGCCGCGGAGGGCGCCAGCGAGGGCGCGGACGCCAAGGCCCUGGCGGCGCAGCUGCGGACCGAGCGGGCGCAGUUCCGGCAGUCCAAGCAGUAUCUGAGGCCGUUGCGGCGCAAACUGAAGGAUGGCGAGAUCGCCCACGGGAUUGUGAGCAUCUUGUCCGAGAUAGCCGGCCACUGCAACAAGUCGCAUUACAAUCAGGC